UGCGGCGACGACUUCCUUCCCACCUCACCGCAAACCACCGCUUCGGUUUCUGCGACCACCACCUCCGCACCCCCGGCAAUCGCGGCGGCGAGGGAGGGAGCGUGCUCGCCGUCGCGCCGCCGACGCGUAGCGCGGUGUGAAUGAAUGGUGCGGCCUCUCGUCUGGCGUUCUCGUGGAUCUGAGCUCUUCCUGCUGGGGUGGUGAGGAGUCGACGGACGGGCGGACGGGAGGUUCCCGAAAUGGCGAUAUCGGCCAAGGAGCGCAAGCUGAGCAGGCUUGGCAGUGGUAAGGCGGUAAACGGAGGAGGAGGCGGGAGCCUCGGCGCGAGGGGUGGUCACCGGCCGCCGACGGCGGGGGGACGGCGGAGACUGUUCGCCGUGUUCUUCGCGUUCCUCUGCGCCGGCGCGGUCGUCUUCGGCGGGGUGCACGCCAUUGGAGCGUCCUUCCGGCCGGUGCUCUUGACGGCCUGGCCGUCCGCGACCCUUAACGCCCUCUCCUCGGAGCGCCGGGUGCAGCAAGCUGGAGGCAACGGUGCUGGCACCGUUUUAGCGUCUGUCCAAAUCCGGCAUGCUGUCGCUCUGCCGGACCAUGUUCUCGUAAUCCUCAGUGACGGAUCAUUGCUGCCAGCUCCCGGGCACUUCGAGUGCCUCUACUCCACUGCCAACUCAAUGCAGCUGCGCCGUCGUCCCCUCUCAGUUGCUGCCUUGCCGGAUGGACCCAGCCUCGUGCAUUGCCCUGCCGGACCAUCUGAGAUGGCUGUGUCCCUGUCGCUGUCCCAGUCACCUCCGGUGACACCAUUCCAAUGGGAUCAGCUCGUGUACACCGCACUUCUUGACAGCCGGGACAACUCCACCGUUGUGUUUGCCAAAGGGAUGAACCUCCGUCCAGGCCGUCUCGGUGUGCCAUCACGGUAUGAGUGUGUCUUUGGCCGGGACCUGUCGAAGCCGAAGCUCGUUGUCACCUCCCCUGUGGUUUCUGCUGCGCAGGAGACAUUCCGGUGUGUGACACCUGUCCGCAUUCGCCGGUACCUCAGGAUGACAGCUGAUGGAAACAUCAACAGAAACAGUGCUGGCAAGCCUAUGCUGGUCUCCAUCAGGACUAAGGGCCGGGGGAGCUCUACACUCCCCUCAAUCGCGCAACCAGAGCCACUUCAUAGGUAUAACAGGCAUCGGCAUACAAGGCAUCGGCAGCAGAAGGUACACUCGAUGUGUGUGUGCACCAUGCUGCGCAACCAAGCACGGUUCUUGCGGGAAUGGGUCAUGUACCACUCCCAUAUCGGAGUGCAACGGUGGUUCAUCUAUGACAACAACAGCGAUGAUGGCAUCGAGGAAGUCCUUGGUUCCAUGGAUCCAUCCGCAUACAAUGCGACACGCCACUUGUGGCCUUGGAUGAAAUCUCAGGAGGCUGGAUUUGCACAUUGUGCACUCAGGGCGCGGGAGAGCUGCGAGUGGGUGGGGUUCAUCGACAUCGAUGAGUUCCUGCACUUCCCUGGGAACCAAACCCUACAAGAUGUCCUCCGGAAUUACUCAAGCAGGCCAAGGAUUGGUGAACUCAGGACUGCGUGCCACAGCUUUGGUCCAUCAGGUCGGACUAAGAUUCCGAAAAAAGGCGUCACGACAGGCUACACCUGCCGGCUGGCUGCGCCGGAGCGGCACAAGUCAAUUGUCAGGCCAGAUGCACUGAAUCCAUCACUGAUCAACGUGGUGCACCACUUCCAUCUGAAGGAAGGGAUGAAGUAUGCGAAUAUUGGCCAGGGAGUGAUGCUGAUCAAUCACUACAAAUACCAAGUCUGGGAGGUGUUCAAAGAAAAGUUUGCUGGCCGCGUGGCGACCUAUGUUGCCGAUUGGCAGGACGAGGAGAAUGUUGGAUCCAGGGACAGGGCGCCAGGUCUAGGGACCAAACCGGUGGAACCGGAGGAUUGGCCAAGUCGGUUCUGUGAAGUAUAUGACACUGGUUUGAAAGAUUUUGUACACAAAGAAUUCACAGAUCCACAGACUGGAAGUCUUCCAUGGUAGAUGGGUAAGGACGGCAUUUGAUCCGCACAGCACACGGUACAUGAUAUGGAGAGAAAAACAGAUAACGAAAGAAGAAACACGAAAUUAAGUUAGGUGGUAGAGUGGGUUUUGCACUUCGGUAUAUUUUUAGACCUUGUUGUUAGGUUUGCUGUCCUUAAUUUAGAAGCAUCAUUUUUUUUUCACUGAUCAUACUAUCUAAGAGAGAAAUGAUUCUUUUGUAGAUACAGAUAAGUAAACAGCUCACUGUCGAAAGAGAGAAUGCAUAGAUUGAAGUGCUUGACUUU